AUGCGACUGCUUCACACCACGAAGUACACCCUUGAGGAAUUUUACGAUGAAGGCGAACUAUGGUAUGCGAUACUCUCCCACACCUGGGCAGAGGAGGAGGUGACAUUCCAGGAUUUAACUACCACCGAUCGUCCAGUCAAUUUUAAGAGCAAGAAUGGAUUCGAGAAGCUGCGUAAGACAUGUCUCCGUGCUAAAGAGGACGGUUUUGAAUACGUAUGGAUCGAUACCUGUUGCAUCAACAAGCAAAGCAGUGCCGAGCUAUCUGAAUCGAUCAAUUCAAUGUAUCGAUGGUAUCAAAAUGCAGCAGCAUGCUACGCAUACCUUGCCGACGUUAUAUUCAAACCGAUACAAGGCCUUGAUCAGUCGGGAUUUUAUUGGAGCCAAUGGUUCAGAAGGGGCUGGACUCUACAAGAGCUGAUUGCUCCAUCAAUUGUAAUAUUUUUGGAUCAGAGUUGGGCACAAAUAGGCACCAAAUCGACCCUGUCUUCGGUCAUUAGCAAGGUCACCGGCAUACCCAAGAUUAUCCUUCACGGAGGCAACCUAGAUGAGCAGAGCAUUGCGACCAGACUAUCAUGGGCGUCUCAAAGACAAACUACGCGGACAGAAGAUAUUGCCUAUUGUCUGUUAGGCCUAUUCGACAUCAAUAUGCCCCUGCUCUAUGGGGAGGGUGAACGUGCGUUCGUUAGACUACAAGAGGAGAUUAUCAAAGUAUCGACUGACUACAGCAUCUUCGCAUGGUCUGCUUACUCUACAGAUAAAGGUCACUCUGGCAUCAUGGCUUCUCAUCCGCGUUACUUCCAAGAUGCAGCCACUAGCCGCCAAAUGUCAUCGUCAAAGGCUUGGGGAGGGGCUGCUAGUAUCGAUAGCGAAGGCAUCCACAUGAGACUCCGCCUCGUCCCUAUUGACAAAGAUGAAGAUAUGAUUGCUCUUCUUCCUUGCCGGGCGAACAAUCUGAAUCUGAAUGCAGUUGCAGUGGUAGGAUUUCGAAUCCGGAAAACUGCUGAAGGCAGUUAUGAAAGACACAAACAGCUCAUAUUCGCCGACGACAAAGUUGCCGUAAAAUAUGCUCCAAGAGAGAUCUGUCUCCAACGAACCAAUAUGAAACAGAGAAAACGCCCUACACCGUUGCAAGCCACGACGAGUAGGAACAAAAUUGCUACGAUGUCACUUCCGGACAAUGGCGCUGAUCCCAAUACCCAUAGCCUGGAAAUGAAAAUCGAUUCUGGCGAUGGGAAGGACCAUAUGACAGGAAUUCCACUGGAACAUGGCCCUGAUCAUAGUCUCACCAAUCCAGACUUGGGAGAGACGCUCAUGGGAGUGGGUACAUGGCUCCAAGAAGAUGUUCUUGUUCACAUCCUCUUAGAACAUGACGCCGAUCUCAGUUCUUACCCGCUAAACACAGGUUGGUCGCCCCUGGACUAUGCUUUGAUCAAUGGGAAUGAGGCAAUCGCCAAGUUUUUGCUGAAAAUGGGCGGAGAACGCGAUCACAUAAACCCAAAAAUAGGAGACAGGCUUCUGGAAUAUACUGCUGUGCAGUACUAUAGCACAGAUGCUAUUGUUAGGCUUCUGCGGAACCAUGGAGCUUUUCCCAACCUCCACCAUCCAGAGACAGGAGAUACACCAUUGGAACUUGCUAUGUAUUUAUGGCACAAUCGUGAAGGGCUCGUUGGGCUUUUGCUACAACACGGCGCUGACCCUAAUGCCACAAACCUGAUGACGGGAGAGACACUGCUGGAAUUCGCUGUUAGAGAAGGGUUAGAGGACGUCGUCGACAUCCUUCUGAAGCAUGGCGCUUUUUGGAGGUCCCUAUCUCAGUAUGAGGGAUGUCUGUAUACGGCGAUGUGCCAACGACAACUUGGUAUUGUCGCACCGCUCGCAGAGCGUGGUGGUGAACUAUUUAGCGCAUUACUCAAGAAGCGUACAACCUGGGAAGCUGCACUUCAAACACAGGACCACAGGAUCUUGGACUGCCUUCUGAAGCAUACUCAUACCAUGCCUCCGCAAUUGAUGAGCCUGCUGAGUCAUGAAGAGCUCUACCUCGAUCAUGACUUCAUUCGAGUUCUUCUGCAAUACUACCCGGCUCUCAUUGCGAUACGGGGCCUCGUUUCGGCACAUCUGCACAACGCCAUCACACAGGGUCGGGUCGAUACAGUCAAACUCUUCCUUGAUCACGGCGUGGAGGAUUUUGACAUGACUGAACGCAAUUUGAAGGUUCUCGCUCUCCGUUGGCCACGUAAUGCAAUAUCAGAGCUGGUGAGAGCAAAGUGUCCAAGGCUCAGAGAAGCGAUGGUCUCGCAUGCACCUCUCAAAUUUGCCUUGAUCCAGCGCAACGAAAAGUUGGUCAAACGACUGAUUGAGAAUGGAGUCUCUGGAUGGGUGAUGACUGUUGAAGAUCGCCAAUCUAUGCAUGGGGCUUUGAUACCUGGAAACAUUCCUUGUAUUGACUAUGUGGUCUUGUAUCAUGCCCUGCAGUGGGGAAACCACGAUGUCGUCCGCCUCUUACUACAAACGCAGCGUCGUACGCCGUUGAGUUUAUUGACCGUACGAAAGCUAUUGGACCAAUGUGCCAUGGUGCAUGAUCAAAGAAUGCGUGCUCUGGUGGAUGAAGAGCUUGGGUGGCAAGAGCGAGACUCACUACCUACCUGAUGCACACAUGAACAAAAACCCAAUUGCACAUGCAGCUCAUUGUCCGAGCAAUUCUGGUCG